AACUUUCAGGACUUUUUAGGUCCGAUUUUCUUUUCUUUUCUGAUCGUAUACUGGAUUACGCACCAUGCUGUAGCUUCUGGAGUUGGAGAAUCGUACCGGAGUGGAUGCAUCUGGUUGCGGGAGACUCUCCAAUAACGGUGCACUGGAACUUAUGGCACUUAUGGCUCCUUCACGUAGGACUUUGGCCGGGUUUCACCUGCUCCUCUUCACGCUUUGGACCUCUUCUCCGUGCUCCUCUUCCACGCAAGUUCGGCAAGAGUUUCAAGUCCUGGAGGAGCAACCGGUGGGCACCUACGUGGGCACCGUGCAAACGCGUCCGGGAUUCACCUACCGCUUCAGCGAGACGCACCGGCUCUUCGCCAUCAAUGCCACAACCGGCGUGGUCUACACGUCGUCCGUGAUCGACCGGGAGUCGCUGGCCAGCAGCGUGAUCAACGUAGUGGUGCUGUCCAGCCAGCCCACGUACCCCACGGAGGUGCGCAUCGUGGUGCUGGACAUUAACGACAACUCUCCGGUCUUCCCAGACACAUCGAUCGUCGUUUCCUUCAAGGAGGACGCCACGAGUGGACGGCAGGUCAUCCUGGACACGGCCACGGACGCGGACAUUGGCAGCAACGGCGUGGACCAUACUACGUACCGGAUAGUCCAGGGCAACGAGCAGAGAAAGUUUCGCUUGGAUAUCACGGUAAACCCCAGUGGUGAGGGCGCUUUCCUCCACUUGGUGACCACAGGGGGUUUGGACAGAGAGCUGGCACCUUUCUACCAGCUUCUAAUCGAGGUGGAGGAUAAGGGCGAGCCAAAAAAGUACGGAUACCUGCAGGUGAAUGUGACAAUUCAGGAUAUAAACGACAACCCACCAGCUUUUGAUUUGGAUCAGUACCAGACUAGUGUCUAUGAGGACGCAGCUAUAGGAUCCAGUGUCCUGCAGAUCACAGCCACUGACCAGGAUGAGGGCGCCAACUCAGACAUCAGGUACUUUUUAGAUGAAGGAACUCCCUUUCAGAUAGACCCUAAAGCAGGUACUGUUGUUAUAAAAGAAGCUUUAGAUUAUGAAGUAAAGAAGGAGUACUCUCUGACUAUACAUGCUGUAGAUAAUGGAGUACCAUCACUCUCAGGCAGGACUGAGGCUACCAUCAAGCUCCUUGAUGUAAAUGAUAACGAUCCUGUUGUAAAGUUUAGAUACUUCCCCACCACUUCUAAAUUCGCCUCAGUUGACGAAAACGCUCAAAUAGGAACGGUGGUGGCGUUAUUGACUGUUUCUGAUUCAGAUUCCUCCUCAGCUAAUGGUAACAUAUCUGUAUCUAUACUAGGGGGCAAUGAGCAGGGUCACUUUGAGGUGCACACCUCACCUGUCCCUAACCUGAGCUUAAUUAAGGUAGCUAGUGUUCUAGAUAGAGAGCGUAUAUCCUCGUAUAACCUCACUGUGUCCGUUUCAGACAAUGGCAGGCCUGUGUCGCGCUCCUCGUUCGCCAGCCUGGUCAUAUUUGUGAAUGAUAUCAAUGACCAUCCGCCCAUAUUUCAGGAGGCUGUGUAUAAGGUAGAUAUUAGCGAAGACGUUCCUAAAGGCAGCUACAUUAAAGGUGUUUCAGCUACUGAUGGUGACUCUGGGCAGAAUGCUAACCUUCGCUACUCUCUGGUGUCUGGAAACAGUUUGGGUUGGUUCGCCAUAAGCGAGAACAGCGGCCUUGUAACCAGUGCCGCCCUGCUGGACAGGGAGACGGCGUCCGUGGUGGUGCUGAACAUCAGCGCCAAAGACCAGGGGCUACAGCCCAAAAUAUCUUACACUAAACUGAUCGUGAACAUAACAGAUGUGAACGACCAGGUACCAACAUUUACGCAGAGUAGUUACCACGUGUCGCUGGUUGAACACUCACCAGCAGGUAGUGAGCUGUUGUCGUUGUCCGCUACAGACACAGAUCUUGGCGCUAACGGUACUGUACGCUUCACUUUUGAUGCAGAGACUCCAGCGACAGUGCAGGAGCUUUUCCGUUUAGACACGAUAACAGGGAAGUUAAGUACCACCACUGAGUUAGAUAGAGAAGACAUGGGUUCCUACCUGCUGUACGUCAGAGCUACUGAUGCAGGUGCACCACCUCUGCACUCCAUUGCUAAAGUCAACGUCACACUUAAAGAUAUUAACGAUAAUCGCCCCGUAUUUUACCCUGUGCAGUACUUCGCUAAUAUUAAAGAAAACGAGCCUCCCGGCUCUUUUGUCACGACCGUGUCAGCCUCCGAUCCUGACCUAGGGAGAAACGGCACAGUCAGAUACACCAUAACAGCUGGCGACACAUUCAAGUUUCACAUUAACAGCAACACAGGAAAAAUCACCACUCUGGUGCUUCUCGACAGAGAGGAGAAAACAGCCUAUCAGCUGCAGGUCUCUGCCACGGAUGGUGGGGAGUUGCGCUCCCACACUCAUGCCAUUGUCACUAUCACUGUGGUUGACACUCAGGAUAAUCCUCCCAUCUUCACUCAGAAGGAGUACAGCUUUGUGAUGUUUGAGAAUGUAGCCCCCAACACAGUGAUAGGAACCAUCUCUGCGUCCACAGUCGACCUGAAUACUAAUAUCACAUAUCUGAUAGCGUCAGGAGACCAGAGAGGUCUGUUUGCGGUUAACAGUGCCACAGGGCACAUAACAGCUACCAGUCUCAUAGAUAGAGAAGAGCAGGCCUUCUACCAGCUGAAGGUGGUAGCCAGAGGAGGAGAUGUUACAGGAGAAGCUUUAGUGAACAUCACUGUGAAGGAUUUAAACGACAAUGCUCCACAUUUCCUCCAUUCCGAGGAACAUGUCAGCGCUGUGGAGAACUGGAACACAGGUCAUCACAUUUUCCAAGCUAAAGCUUUUGACCAGGAUGAAGGCACCAAUGGCAUGAUUGUGUAUAGCCUCCAGCAAAACCCUAAAGGACUGUUUCAUAUACAUGAGAAGCACGGCCUCAUCACACUCACCGGCCCCCUGGAGGUAACCACCAGCUCUUAUCAGGUGGAGGUCGUUGCGUCGGACCGCGGUGUUCCCCAGCGUACCUCCACCCUCAUUUUGACAGUUAGCGUGUAUGACGUCAAUGAUAACGCUCCUGUGUUUGAUCAGCUUUCUUAUGAAGUUGUCAUCCUGGAGUCGGAGCCUGUGAACAGCCGCUUUUUUAAGGUGGAGGCUACGGAUAAAGACUCUGGACUGAAUGGAGAAAUAGUGUAUGACAUCACAGGUGGAAACACUAAUGACAUUUUUGGCAUUUUCCCUGAUGGACAGUUGUACAUUAAAGCAGAUUUGGACAGAGAAGUGCAGGACAGGUACAAUCUGCUGCUGGUAGCUCGCGACAGAGCUGUGGAACCGCUAAGCGCUAGUGUUAAUGUUACCAUCAUCCUAGACGACGUCAAUGACAACCGUCCGCUUUUCAACAGCACAAACUACGUGUUCCGUUUCAUGGAAGAGCAGCCGCGAGGUUCGCUGGUCGGACGCGUUUUCGCUGAAGAUAAAGACUUUGGACCAAACAGCGAAGUUCGCUACUCAUUCGAAACACCACAGCCUAACUUUGAGCUGAAUGCCAUCACCGGAGAGCUGAGCAGCACUCUGCAGAUGGACAGGGAAUCCUUAAUGAGGCAGCGAGGAACAGCAGUGUUCACCUUCACAGUGAUCUCAUCUGAUCAGGGCCUUCCUAAACCUCUCAAAGACCAAGCCAAAGUGCAGGUCUACAUCCAAGACAUCAAUGACAAUGCUCCCAAGUUCACCAAGGACAUCUAUCAAGCCUCCAUCUCAGAGUCAGCACCGAACAUGACCCAGCUGCUGAGGGUUUCCGCCUCGGAUGUGGACGAGAACAAAAACGGACAGGUGCGCUAUCAUAUAUCAGAGGGCAACGAGGAGACCCAGUUCAGCAUUGACAGCAGUUCUGGUCAGGUGACGCUGGUGGGAAAGCUGGAUUAUGAGGCAACAUCCUCAUAUUCUCUGAAAAUAAUAGCUGAAGACUCUGGUUCAGUUCCUCUGUCCUCCUCCUGUCUGCUUAGCGUUAGCGUUCUGGAUGAGAAUGACAACUCCCCAUCCUUCUCCAAGUCCUCCAUGUCAGUAGAUAUUCUUGAGAACAUGAGAAUUGGAGAACUUGUAGUAUCCAUCACAGCGACAGACUCAGAUUCAGGUUCUAACGCUGAUAUAACAUACAGCAUCAUGGCUAACAACAACCACGGCACUUUUAGCAUUAGCCCCAGCACUGGCAGCAUCUUCCUGGUCCGAAAGCUGGACUAUGAAACCCAGUCUCUGUACAAACUCAACAUCACAGCCAAGGACAACGGCAGGCCGCCCAGAUCCUCCUCCAUCCCUCUUGUAAUUCACGUGCGAGAUUUCAAUGACAACCCCCCUGUUUUCACCCCAGGUGACAUAUUUAAGUCCAUCCCUGAAAACCUUCCCCUGUCAACCUCCAUCAUGACCAUCACGGCUCACGACACGGACGCAGACAUUAACGGGGAGCUGGAGUACUCCAUCGUCCAGCAGACCCCGAGAGGAAACCACUUCAGCAUCGACCCCAUCUCUGGAAUCAUAUUCAGCAACGGCCAGAUCGACAGAGAGUUCUCCAACCUGUUUGAGCUGACCGUCAAAGCGACAGAUCAGGCGGUUCCUGCUGAGUUUCGCAAGUUCGCACUGAAAAACGUCACCGUAUGGGUGACAGAUCAAAAUGACAACGUUCCCAACUUUAUCUCCCAGAAUGCUCUAGUGGCUGAAGCCAACAUCGUCAUUGGCUCAAUCCUGACAACAGUCAUGGCUUUCGAUCCGGACGAGGGAGCGAACGGAGAAGUGGAAUACGAACUGGUGAAAGGUGACUCAGACACCUUCAUCAUGGACAGGUACAGCGGCGACAUACGAGUGGCCUCUCAGCUCGUCCCAUCCAAGCUGAUCUACAGCCUGACCGUCUCCGCCACCGACCACGGCACGGACCGCAAGACAUCGCGGACGGAGCUGACCAUCAUCCUCCAGGGCACGGAUGGGCCGGUCUUCUCCCAGCCCAAGUACAUCACCAUCCUGAAGGAAGGGCAACCUCCAGGUACCAACGUCAUCUCCUUGGACGCAUCCAGCCCUCGUGGCACCGGGACCAAGGUGGAGUAUUUCAUCGUUUCGGUCCGGAGUGGUGGAAAGGCCGUCGGAAGGCUGUUUACCAUCGGACGCCACACCGGCGUGAUCCAGACGGCCAUGGAGCUGGACAGGGAGCACGGUGCGGACCUGUACCUGCUGGACGUGUACGCCAUCGAGACGGAGGCCAGCCAGCCCCACACUCAGAGAGCUGAGGUGGAGAUCACUCUUCAGGAUAUUAAUGACAACCCUCCGAUUUUUCCCACCGAUAUCCUGGACGUGACGGUGCAGGAGAACGUCGGCGACGGCUUCAGGAUAAUGCAGCUAACAGCCACCGAUGCGGACGAGGGUCCUAAUGCCCUGGUCACAUACACCAUCAUCAGCGGCGCCGACGACAGCUUCCGGAUCGACCCCGAGUCAGGUGACCUCAUCGCCACCAAGCGAUUGGACAGAGAGCGCCGGUCGAAGUACUCUCUCCUGGUGCGGGCGGACGACGGGCAGCAGUCCUCGGACAUGACGGUCAACAUCACCGUGAGCGACGUGAACGACCACACGCCGAAGUUCUCACGCUCCGUCUACUCCUUCGAUAUCCCUGAAGACAUGGCUCCAGGCUCCAUCGUGGCGGCGAUCCUGGCGAGUGACUCAGACUCCGGGGUAAACGGGGAGAUCACCUACUCCUUGGAGGAGGACGACGGCGACUCCACCUUCCUCCUGAACCCGGUGACGGGCGUCUUCAACGUGACGCAACCGCUGGACUACGAGACGCAGCAGUACUACAUCCUGACGGUGCGGGCGGUGGACGGCGGAGGACAGGCCAGCUCCGUCCGGGUCUACUUCAACGUCCUGGACGUUAACGACAACCGACCCGCGUUCAACACCAGCGUUUACAGCACGUCCAUCUCCGAGAGCCUGACCCCUGGAUCCUCCAUCCUCACCGUGGCGGCCAGCGACGCUGACGACGGUCCCAAUGCCCAGCUGUCCUACAGCAUAGCGUCAGGAGACCCUCAGGCUCACUUUGGCAUCACGACCGCGGGCGUUCUCCAAACCCGGAAACUCCUGGACAGAGAGACCCAGUCCUUCUAUAACCUCGUCGUCACCGUCAAUGACAUGGCGCUUCCUCCAGCCACCCGCUUCACCAGCACCGCCCAGGUAUCCGUCAUCCUCCUGGACGUCAACGACUGCCCGCCUGUGUUCACCUCACAGAAGAUGGCCUACAUCCAGGAGAACACGGCGGUAGACACGGUGGUGUUCACGGUGCAGGCGAACGACGCUGACAGCGGACCCAACAGCUACGUGGAAUAUUCCUUGGGCGGCUCGUAUGGAGUCAAGUUCAGCAUCGACAACAUCGACGGCAGCGUGAGGCUGGUGGGAGAACUGGACCGUGAGGAGAUGGCCAAUUACUCAUUGACCGUCGUCGCCACCGACAAAGGCCAGCCGCCGCUUUCUUCCACGAUGGACGUCACCAUGAUGGUGCUGGACGUGAACGACAACACGCCCAGCUUCUCUCAGAACAUCUACGACAUCGAGAUCGAGGAGAACACGCUCAGCGGAACCGACAUCCUGCAGGUGUUCGCCAGCGAUGCCGACGAAGGCACCAAUGGACAGAUUCGCUUCUCCAUCGCCGCCGGAAAUGGGAACUCGGAUUUCCGAAUCGACUCGGUGACGGGGGUGAUCUCCGUCGCCAAGCUGCUGGACCGGGAGACCCGGGCAUCGUACUCACUGGUGGUCCAGGCUGCCGACCGCGGGAGCAGCCCCAGAGUCGACCGCGCCACGGUGAACAUCGUACUGCUCGACGUCAACGACUGUGCACCAGUGUUCGAGCUCUCGCCGUAUACCGUCAGAGUCCAGGAGAACCUCGCUGACCUUCCCAAGAACAUCUUACAGGUUGUUGGACGGGAUGAUGAUUACGGUUCUAAUGGUCAGUUGAGUUAUAGUCUGAGUGGGGGGAACGAGGACGCCGCCUUCAGCCUUACGUCCAGCGGGCAGCUGAAACUGAUUCGGACGCUCGACCGCGAGACUCAGGACCGGUACUCCCUCAUCAUCACCGCCAUCGACUCAGGUUCUCCGUCUCUCAGUGGUUCUGCUACGGUUCUGGUUCUGGUGGAUGAUGUGAAUGAUAUGGUUCCGCUGUUCUCCUCCUCCUCUUUCCACACCUCCAUCACCGAGGACGCUCCGACCGGCAGCGACGUUCUGCUGGUCAACGCCUCCGACGGGGACGUGGGCCAGAACGGAGUUAUUACUUACAGUCUGAGUGGAGGAGACGGGCAGUUCUCUAUUAACCCCGCCACCGGGCAAAUCAUAACCAGCUCCCUCCUGGACCGAGAGUCCCGGGGUAACUACCAGCUGCUGGUGGUGGCAUCUGAUGGCGGGCAGCCGACUCCCCUCUCCAGCUCCGCCAUGGUGUCCGUGGUGGUGACCGACAUCAACGACAAUCCCCCGAGAUUUCACCAUCACCCCUACGUCACUCACAUACCUGCCUCCACUGCACCAGGUUCACUGGUCUUUGCUGUCACCGUAACGGAUGAAGACUCUGGAUCGAAUUCCCAGCUGCACUACUCCCUCAGCGGCCGAAACUCCGAGAAGUUCAAGAUCGAUCCAGUCCGAGGAGCCAUCACAGCCAGCGAGAAACUGACCGGCAGCUCUGAGGUCACUUUCACAGUUCGUGUGAAAGAUGGAGGAAGCAAUCCCAAAACGGACAGCACCACCGUCACCGUUCGCUUCGUGACAGGUGGAGACUUCCCCAUAAUCAAGAUUAAAGACAAGAGCUUCACCUACCCAGAAAACCAGGCCGUAAACACCAUUGUCACCAAGGUCUCCGGAACGUCUACCAGGGCUGGCCCGCUGUCGUACUACAUCGCAAGUGGUAACCUGGACAAUGCGUUUCACGUGGACCAACUUUCAGGAGAACUGUCUCUCAAAGCACCUCUAGACUCUGAGAACAUUGAGAAGUACGUCUUGUGGAUCGAAGCUCGUGAUCAAAGCUUUCCUCCGUACUCGGCUUACGAGAAAAUCGAAAUCACAGUGUUGGACGUCAACGACAACAAUCCUGUUUUUGAGAAGGAGCCGUUCCAUGCUGAGAUUCUGGAGAACCUCUCCCCUCAGAGAGUUCUUGUGGUGUCAGCUCUUGAUCAGGACAGUGGUCCCAAUGGACAGCUGGACUACACCAUCAUCGACGGAAACAAGGAAAACAGCUUCAGCAUCAAUCGAGCCACGGGAGAAAUCCGCACAACUCGUCCUCUGGACCGGGAGAAAACAGCUCAGUAUUCUCUGAAGGUGAAAGCUACGGAUCGUGGUGCUCCACAGAAAAGCACCGCCGUCAGUGUCGUCAUUAACGUGCUGGACGUGAACGAUAACGCUCCCAGGUUCUCCAAAAUCUUCAGCGCCACAGUGCCGGAGAAUGCACCCGUGGGUUACACCGUCACCCGAGUGACAACCACUGAUGAGGAUACUGGUGCCAAUGCUGUAAGUCGCUACACCAUCAGUGACACAAGUCUUCCCUUCAGUAUCAACCCCAGCACAGGAGACAUAACCAUCAGCAGACCUCUCAACAGAGAGGACACCGACCAUUACAUCGCCAAAGUGUCUGCUCACGAUUCCGGUUGGACCGUCAGCACUGACGUCACCAUAUUCGUAACGGAUAUCAACGACAACGCCCCCAGAUUUAGCAAGCCAUCCUACUAUCUUGAAUAUCCUGAGCUGACAGACGUUGGAUCACUGGUCACAAAGGUCUCUGCUACGGACCUUGACGAAGGUUUCAAUGGUAAAAUCUUCUACUUCAUUAGAUCCCAGUCUGAAAAUUUCCGCAUCAACUCCAGCACUGGAGAAAUUUUCGUCAAGCAGCAGCUGAGGUAUCAAAACUCAACCGGGCACAAUAACGCCAACAUAAACAGGCAUAGUUUCAUAGUCACAGCGUCUGACAGAGGCAUCAAACCGCUGAUGAGCGAAACCACUGUAAUUGUGAACAUCGUUGACAGCAACGAUAACCCACCUACGUUUGAGUCCUCGUCCUACUUUACCCCUGUCACCAAGAGCGUCAAAGUUGGUACAAACCUCAUCAAAGUCACCGCCCACGAUAAGAAAGACUUUGGAGUCAACUCUGAGAUUGAGUAUGUGAUAUCAGGUGGGAACAGCUCGAGUAAAUUCCGUUUGGAUAAACAGACCGGAUGGGUCACGGUUGCCUCUUCGCUCACUUCUGAUAUAAAUAAAGUCUACCUUCUUGAAAUAACAGCAAAGGAUAAAGGGAAUCCCGUACUUUCAGAUAAAGCCACUCUUAAGAUCGCAGUGACAGAAGAGAAUCACCACACCCCAGAGUUCUCCCAAAGUCAGGUCACCGCCGCAGUUUCUGAAAGCCUAACUGUCGGCACUGCAAUACGAACUCUGUCUGCAAGGGACAAAGACAAAGAUAAACAAAUGAAUGGUCUUAUCACGUACAACAUUUCUUCAGGUAACGACGAUGGACUGUUUGUAGUUAACGAAAAAACAGGAGUCUUAUCUUUGGCAAAGCCUCUGGACUACGAGAAAAAGCAAAAGCAUGAGCUUAGAAUCUCAGCCACAGAUGGAGGAUGGAUCGCCAAGACCAGCUACGUCACUGUUAAUAUUCAAGUCACCGAUGUAAAUGACAAUCCGCCCAUGUUUGAACCUGAUGAGUACUUCCCUGUUGUGCAGGAAAAUGUGCCAAGUGGAACCAUCGUGGUGAAGCUGAACGCCACAGACAAAGACUCCAGCUCCAAUUCCGUGAUGGCUUACGUCAUUCAGUCUUCAGACAGCGACCUCUUUAUAAUCGAUCCCAACACUGGAGUCAUAACUACGCAGGGUUUCCUCGACUAUGAAGCCAAACAGGUGUACCAUCUGACAGUCAAAGCCUUCAACGUGCCCGAUGAAGAACGCUGCAGCUUUGCGAACGUCAACAUUCAACUCAAAGGAGCCAAUGAAUAUGUUCCACGUUUUGUAUCCAAGCAAUACUACUUCGAAGUUUCAGAGGCUGCACCCAAGGGCACCAUGGUGGGAGAGGUGUUUGCAAGUGACAGGGACCUGGGAGACGAUGGAGUCGUCUAUUACUUGAUUUUUGGCAGAAGCAGAAGGAAAGGUUUUGGCAUCAAUAAAAAAACUGGUCAGAUCUACGUCACGGGACCUCUCGAUCGUGAAAAAGAGGAGAAAAUCUCCUUGAAGGUUCUUGCCAAAAAUGCUGGAAGCAUCAGAGGGGCGGAUAUUGAUGAAGUGUUUGUGAACAUCACAAUCCUUGAUGCCAACGAUCCUCCGGUGUUCACGCAAGAGCUGUAUGACGUCCAGGUGAGUGAAGGACUAUCACCUGGGGGUCUGGUCACCUUUGUCAGUGCCGAAGAUUCAGAUUCUGUGCCGAGCUGGAGCAGAUUCACGUAUUCCGUCACUACUGAUCGUGAGAAAAAUGCCUUUACCAUCAAUCCACAGACUGGACAGGUGUCUGUAGCAGCUGAACUGGACCGUGAAACCACACCUGUGUACAACCUGACACUGCUGGCGAUAGACUCAGGCUCACCUGCAGCCACCGGCACCGCCACCUUAAUCGUGACUUUGGAGGAUAUUAACGAUAACGGACCAACCUUGGUGACAACAACUGGAGAGGUCAUGGAGAACCAGAGGGCAGGAACUCCAGUGAUGACCCUGAACUCUGUUGAUCCAGAUCUGGCUCCAAAUCAAGGACCUUUCUCCUACAGCCUGCUUUCUACUGGAUCAGCCGUGACCUACUUCACCUUAACCUCGUCUGGAGAACUUAGCACCAGUCGAGAAAUAGACCGGGAACAGAUUAGCGAUUUCUAUCUGUCAGUGGUCAUCAAGGAUUCUGGUGUUCCUCAGAUGUCCUCCACUGGAACUGUCCAUGUUAAAAUUAACGAUCAGAAUGAUAACCCCUCUCAGCCUCGCUCUGUCGAGAUCUUUGUUCAUUACUUUGGUAAUAUGUUUCCUGGAGGAUCCCUUGGGAUCGUAAAACCUCAGGAUCCGGAUAUACAUGACACGUUCCAAUGCUCCUUGAUCCCUCCUGCUGCAAGUCUAUUCAGUAUACCCUCAGGAUCCUGCAACCUCAACUCAAAUGCUCGGUCCACAGAUGGCACAUUUGAUGUAUCAGUAAGAAGCAAUGAUGGCGUGCACUCACCUGUGAACAGCAAUGUCCGAGUUUUCUUUGUUGGAUUCAGUAAUGCUACCGUGGACAACAGCAUACUGAUUCGACUAAAUGCCCAAAGUGUCAGCAACUUCCUCACCGAUCACUACCUCAGCUUCUUGCACAUUGCGAACUCCCAGCUUGCAGGUUUGGGUACCGGGGUUCAACUCUACGGGGCGUUUGAGUUGAACAACCAAACCUUCCUCAUGGCAGCUGUCAAACGUGGUCACGGGCAGUAUGUCAACCCGAGCGGCGUGGCAACCUUCUUCCAGAGCAUCAAAGAGGUUCUGCACAGGCAGAGUGGAGUUAAAAUAGACUCUGUGGACCAUGACCCCUGCACUCACAACCCUUGCCAGAAUGGUGGCAGCUGCAAACGGCGCCUCAGCGUUGGACCAGACAUGAUGACGAUGGAAAGCGUCCCAGUCAUUCUCGUCUCCAACCGCCCCCAACAGCCUUAUGUCUGCAACUGUAAACCCGGCUAUGCUGGGAGUCUGUGUGAGACAGACAUCAACGAAUGUCUUCCGUCGCCUUGCCACAAUGGAGGAACCUGCCAUAACCUUGUGGGAGGCUUUUCCUGCUCCUGUCCAGAAGGCUUCACCGGGAUGGCCUGUGAAAGAGACGUUAACGAGUGCCUGUCCAACCCGUGCAAGAAUGGGGCACUGUGCCAAAACUUCCCAGGCAGCUUCAACUGCCUGUGCAAAUCUGGAUUUGCAGGGAAAACCUGUGAUUCCAUCAUCAAUUACUGUGAGUGUAACCCCUGUUUUAACGGAGGUUCCUGCCAGAGCCGAGUGGAGGGCUAUUACUGUCACUGUCCGUUUGGCGUGUUUGGAAAACACUGUGAGCUGAACAGCUACGGGUUUGAGGAACUCUCCUACAUGGAGUUUCCGAGUUUGGAUCCCAACAACAACUACAUCUACAUCAAGUUCGCCACUCUGAAGGAGAACGCCCUGCUGAUGUACAACCACGACAACCAGACCGGCGACAGGGCCGAGUUCCUGGCGCUGGAGAUCCACGAGGGUCGCAUGAAGUUCUCCUUCAACCUCGGCAGCGGCACCUACAAGCUGAUGACUACGGUCCGGGUCUCGGACGGGCAGUUCCACACGGUCAUCGCCAGGAGAGCUGGAAUGGCUGCAUCACUGACGGUUGAUCUGUGUGGGGAGGAGCAGGAUCCAGGUUACUGUGCUGUGAGCAACGUGGCUGUACACACCGACUGGAUUUUGGAUGUGCAGCCUAAUCGUUUGUCAGUAGGGGGCGUACGCUCCAUUGAGCCCCUCCUGCACCGCAGGGGUCAGGUGACGACUCACGACUUCGUCGGCUGCAUCAUGGAGUUCGCCAUCAACGGACGUCCCCUGGAGCCGUCCCAGGCCCUCGCGUCACACGGCAUCCUGGACAGAUGUCCCAGGAUGGAGGGGGCGUGUGCUGCUAAUCCCUGUCGGCACGGUGGCACAUGUUUGGAUAUGUGGUCGUGGCAGCAGUGCCAGUGCAGCGAGGGACUCACCGGGAAACACUGUGAGAAAUACGUCUCGGCGGACACGGCGCUGUCUCUGGACGGCAGCGGGCGGUUGGACUACAGGCUGCGGGAGAGCUGGAAGCGAGACGUCCUGCUGAACCGAGUCCUGCAGAGAGUCCCGCACACCGAGAGCAGCAGCAGCCUGGAGCUGAAGUUCAGAACCCGCAGCAAAUCCAGCGUCCUGCUGCACAUCCAGGAGAUCUCCAACUACACCACCAUCAGACUGAAGAACGGGAACCUGCAGUAUAUUUCUGAUGCUGGUGUUGCUGGGAAGGUGGAGAGGAUUGUGGGAGAUGUAGUUCUGUCGGAUGGUCAGUGGCAUACGCUGCUGCUCCAGAGGAACAGUACGUCUACCACCCUCCGCAUCGACCAGUCCAGCCCGCGGGUCGUCCUGCACGCCACACAGGACUUCGGAGGGGUGGACGUCCUCACCCUGUCCCUGGGCGGAGCUCCGUCCCGUCCCAACCAACAGAAAACUUUACCAGGAUUCGACGGCUGCUACGCCUACAUAAAGUACAACGGCGAGCUCCUCCCAUUCACCGGGGAUCACCGCAUCGUUACCAUCUCCACAACAGACCCAUCUGUGAAGAUCGGCUGCCGCGGCCCCAACCUGUGCGAGAGCGCCCCCUGCUGGGACGGCCUGAUGUGCGUCAACCAGUGGUACAGCUACCAGUGCGUCCCUCCGGGAGAAUGCGCCUCCAGCCCCUGCCAGAACGGUGGCAGCUGUGUACCAGGCACUCGCGGCGGCUUUAGCUGUGUGUGUGAGGAGCUCUACACGGGGCAGGUCUGCGAGAGUCUGGUGGCGUGUCUGGGUGUGACCUGUCCCCAAGGGAUGGUGUGCAAAGCAGGCGGAGGUGGAGGUGGAGGGUUCACCUGUAGCCCAGCUGCAAGCAAAGAGGAACUGAUCCUGCCCAUUUGGGCGGUGCCAGCCAUUGUGGGCAGUUGUGCCACUGUUCUUGCCCUGGUGGUGCUCAGCCUUAUUCUGCACAACCACUGCAAGGGUGGCAGCAAGACCACAGUGCCAAAGGAGGAGAAGAAGCCAAAGGAGAAGAAGAAGAAAAAGAAGAAGAAGAAGGGCAGCGAGAAUGUAGCGUUUGACGAUCCCGACAACAUCCCGCCGUACGGCGAUGACAUGACGGUACGGAAGCAGCCAGAGGGGAAUCCCAAGCCUGACAUCAUCGAGCGAGAGAACCCAUACCUGAUCUACGAUGAGACGGACAUUCCUCAAGGUGGAGAGGCGGUUCCCAGUGCUCCGUGUGCGCCGUGCGGCAUCCCGGAGGCGGACAUUGAGCACUACGACAUUGACAAUGCCAGCAGCAUCGCUCCGUCUGACGCCGACAUCGUGCAACACUACAAACAGUUCCGCAGCCACACUCCCAAAUUCAGCAUCCAGAGGCAUAGCCCGCUGGGUUACGCCCGCCAGUCACCCUUACCUCUUGGGGCGUCAAGUUACACCUACCAGCCCACCUACGCCCAGGGACUCCGCUCCACACCCCUAAGCCACGCUGCAUGUCCCACGCCCAACCCACUUUCUCGCCACAGCCCUGCACCCUUCAACAAACCCACGUCCUUUUACCGCAACACCCCGACGCGAGAGCUGAACCUGGCUCGACGCGACGGCAGCCCCCUUGACUUGCACGGAGACGCCUGCCAGCAGUUCAACUAUGCCACGCGACUCGGCCGUCGCAGCAAAAGCCCACAGACCAUGAUGGCCGGCCACAGCUCUCGCCCAGGAAGUCGCCUGAAACAGCCCAUUGAGCAGAUCCCCUUAGAAAGUGGGCCGCCGGUUGGGCUCUCCAUAGAAGAAGUGGAGCGACUCAACACACCGCGACCCAGAAACCCCAGCAUCUGCAGUGCUGACCACGGCCGCUCUUCUUCUGAGGAAGACUGCCGGCGCCCGCUGUCCCGGGUCCGAAACCCUGCAGACGGGAUCCCAGCGCCCGAAUCUUCAUCUGAGAGCGACUCACACGACUCGUUCACCUGCUCAGAGAUGGAGUACGACCGGGAGAAGCCCGUCACCUACGGAUCCCGAGUUCCGAAGCUCUCGCAGGUCAACGAGUCGGACGCCGACGAUGAAGAUUACGGGGGGAGGAUCAAGCAGAGGCGGUACUCCAGCCGGAGGGCGGAAGGUGGGAACGGUGGAGGAGGUCAGGUCCCUUUCGGGGAGUACCAGCACCACACAUUGCCCCACAAGCUGGGCCAGGGGGCAGGCAACUUCAACUGGGACAGCCUGCUGAACUGGGGCCCAGGAUUCACCCACUAUGUGGAUGUUUUUAAAGACUUAGCCUUGCUUCCGGAAAACUCUGCUAAUACUGCUGCUAAUAAUAAGGACAUUGAGAUGAACAGUGGGGACGGAUCGGUCACCAUCAUCGCGGAAGGCGAGGCGGAGCAGUACGUAUGAGACUGUGCCUCGGGUCUUCUGCGCUCUGAUCUCCAGCCGUAAGACUGGGUACACUAUGUGGGCGGGGAGGAGACGAGUGAGUGUUAGCAAUAAUUAAUAAUAAAUGUGUCGGUCAUUUUCCUUUAUCUUUGUCCUCUUUUUCAUAACUUUUCAUAACAAGACGAGCUUAAAUGCAGUAAGGCAGAGCGAUAGAUAAACCUGUGACGAUUCACUUGACCAAACCCCUUCCUGAAGUUCCCUCUUCUGAAGAUCUCCCUCCUGUUCCUAUAGACCUUCAAAGCAAAUAAAAUAAACCCAGUGUGCUGAGUAGGCAGUAGUACCUCUCUUGUUCUUCCUGUUUCUCACUUUCUAAGGUAGAUUAUGAUUCUAAGGUAGAUGAUAACAGUCCCAAUUACAAAUUACAAAUAAAAACCUUUCCUGGUCUUCCAUCAAAUCCUAAAAGGCUUCCAUUGUGACCCAUAGACUUCCAUUCCGAUCAGUCCGUGUAGCAGAAAGCCAGGGGACGGAAGUGAGGUUGUUUUAAGAGUGUGGCCAUAUGAACUUAAUCAGAUGGAGCCCGGCUAAACCUCGCUCUCUGUCUGACCUGCAGUGGGCGCGGUGCAUCGCGGCGCCGUGCCGUGAGAUGAGCGAUAACGUUAUUGAUGUUGUCACAGCAUCAGUAUGGCUUCAGGCUUCCUGUGCGUGAGAGCAGGUCUGAGUACUGAUGGAUGGAUGUAUGUGUGGGUUAUUGUGGUCUGUUUGCACCUGCGAUGGCCGUCUGCGUGACAGACGUGAGCCGGACUUACGAGGAAAACGCGCUCUACCUGACCUCCCUCUGUAAGAACCCCUGGCUGGAUUACUGAGCCGGUUCCUGAGCGACCGGCUGCUCCCGCAGUACGAAUAUUUAAAGACUUUUCUGGGAGAAGAUAAGAUAAGUUCUCGGGGGCUCUUUGCUCGGGUGGGGACUGAAUUUAAUACUGAAUUUAAUGCGGGACUUAAAACAGGACUUAAAUGCGGCACCGUCACCCAGUCCGUUAUACAAACAAUCCACCGCUGGGGACCCUCGACCCCCGACCAGAGCAGGACCACCCAAACCCUGAAAGACAAAAGACAAUGGACUCAUGUACAUUUUGUAUCAAUGAAGGAAACGUUGGAAUUCAGUGUUCUCUGUUGUUACGUGUCUUUUUUUUGUUUUGUUUUAUUUUGUUUUUUGUAAUGUACUGUUUCUACUUUUUUACUGUUUAUUAACUUAAAGUACUUAAGCAGUGUUUUUAUGGAUAUUUUUUCAUAUGCUGGAAAAUUAUGCUCUUACUUUCAGGGGAAGUAAGAAUGAAGUACUUAUUUUUUACAUUUGUUACUUAUGUAACGUCAGUAUUUUCCACUUUUUUGAUAAAACUAUAACAUACUGUAUGCUUUAUACGUGUAAGAGCCAAUAACAGAAUAAAAAUAUUUAUUUAAAAGA